GUCAAUUAGAAAAUGAAAUAGAAAAAAUCAGUUUUGCCAAUAUUAUAGAAUAUAUUUCCAAUAAAAUUGCUAACCUUGAGGAAAACUCUAGUAUUUCUUUUAACUUGUGUAUUGAACUUGACGAUAAUAUGCUAAUAAAUGCAUCUAAUGAUAUAAAACUCUUGAUAAAACUAAUAGUUGAUGAGAUAGAGGAAGAAGACGAAUAUAUUUAG